UGUCAGCAACUCUCCUGACAUCCCGGUUCAGCGACUAGAAGACUGGAAUAUUGGUGCAAGGGAGAUCCCAGAUAUAGUCUCCCAGGCGGCUCAGCAGAGCUGCUGCAUCUGUGGCCAGAGUGGGGCCACCAUCGCCUGCUGUCAAACAGACUGUGACCUGAGCUUCCACCUGCCCUGUGUCACCCAGUUCAUGCCACCGUACAGGGCCUUCUGCCCCGCACACAGCCCACAGCAGGCAGUGGAGGCGACUCCAGAGCCGGGCACCCAAUGCCUCAUCUGCUUGGAGCCUGUGGAGGACAGAAAGACCUUCAACACCCUGGUGUGCCCGGCCUGCAUGACCGCCUGGUUCCACAGGGACUGCAGCCAAGUAGGAGUGGUUCUGUCGCCCCGGGGGGCACAGCAGGGGCUCAGCAGCACCAGGGGUUCACUCUGGCUGCUUGUGUUUCUCCUGCAGGGACAGGCUCUGCGCUCUGGAUUUUUAUCCCUCCAGUGCCCCAUCUGCAGAAACAGGCACACUUUUCUCAGGGAUAUGGUCACCAUGGGGAUCCGAAUCCCCUUCAGGCCACCAUCAUGGGAGGGCAUUAAUGUAUUCACUGAGCUAGGAGAGAGACACAGGCACUGUGAUGCCCGUGAGUGCCUUUUUCCAGGAGGCAGGCAGGAGGCAGAGGAGGAGGGGCCCUGGGAAUUGCUCUGGUGCUCCUCCUGUGCUGCUGAGGGCACCCACAGACCCUGCUCUGGCCUGAGGGCCAGCAUAACCAGCUGGGAAUGGGAUGACUGUGCUGGUCUGGGCACAGGUAAGAGGCAAACAUCCCUGGUGAUCCUGGACCUGGCAGCG